AUGGCGGAUAAAGAAGCAACCGUCUACAUCGUCGAUGUAGGCAAGUCAAUGAAACAGCACAAUAAUGGUCGAGACAUCUCGGAUCUUGAUUGGGCGAUGCGAUAUGUUUGGGAUAAAAUUACUACGACUGUAGCAACCGGUCGGAAAACAGCUACAAUUGGUGUGGUUGGACUCAAGACUGACGAAACGAAAGUACCCUUGGAAGAUGAUGAGGGUUAUGAGAAUAUCAGUGUCAUGCAGGGUCUGGGACAAAUGCUUAUGCCGGAUAUACGGCGACUACGCGAAGAGAUCAAACCCAGCGAGACAGAUGAGGGAGAUGCAAUUUCUUCAUUAAUCGUCGCUAUACAAAUGAUCAAUGUCUACACCAAAAAGCUGAAAUACAAACGGAAAAUCUAUCUAGUCACCAAUGGUAAAGGAGCAAUAAGCUCGGAUGGAUUAGAAGAUAUUGCUUCUAAGCUGAAGGCGGAUAACAUCGAACUUAUUGUGCUGGGCGUGGAUUUUGAUGAUCCUGAUUACGGCUUCAAAGAGGAAGACAAGGACGAAGGAAAGGCGGAGAAUGAAGCCUUACUUCGUGGCCUUGUUGAGGACUGUGACGGCGUCUACGGCACCCUGGCACAAGCGAUAGCAGAACUCGAUAUCCCUCGCGUCAAAGUCGUCCGCGGCGUACCUUCAUUCCGUGGGGAUCUCAGAUUAGGCAACCCUAUGCAAUACGACACCGCUCUUCGCAUUCAAGUAGAGCGCUACUAUCGAACAUACGUUGCCAAACCACCCAGCACCAGCUCCUUUGUUGUGAAAACAGGCGGAGACGCGAGUCAGCCUUCGACACAGACAUUGGAAGCUAGUAAAGACGCAGACGCGAACUUGACGAGUGUACGAAACGUGCGAACAUAUCACGUCGAUGACCCUCAAGUUGUUGGUGGUAAGCGAGAGCUCGAACGAGACGAGUUGGCUAAGGGCUACGAGUAUGGUAGGACAGCAGUUCCUAUCAGCGAAUCGGAUGAGAAUAUCACAAAAUUGGAAACGAUGGCUGCUUUGGAAUUGAUUGGAUUUAUCCAAGCUGAUCAUUAUGACCGAUUCAUGAAUAUGUCUACUAGCAAUGUCAUCAUUGCUCAAAAGACUAAUGAGAAAGCAGCCUUGGCACUUUCUUCAUUGAUCCAUGCUUUGUUUGAGCUUGACUGCUAUGCAAUUGCUAGGCUGGUCACAAAAGAUGGCAAGAGUCCAUUGAUAGUUCUCUUGGCGCCAUUAAUCGAUCCGGACUAUGAAUGUCUACUUGAAGUACAACUUCCUUUCUCCGAAGAUGUUCGGUCAUACAAGUUCCCGCCCUUGGAUAGGGUAAUUACCAUAUCUGGCAAGGAGGUUAAGGAGCAUCGAAAUUUGCCGAGUGAGGAUUUGGUGAAUGCAAUGAGUAAGUACGUCGACAGCAUGGAGUUAAUCGAUAAGGAUGAAGAAGGCGAGAUAGUUGAGACUAUACCGAUGGAGGAUAAUUAUUCGCCAUUACUACAUCGAAUUGAGCAAGCAGUCCGAUGGCGGGCAAUCCAUCCAGAUGAGCCAGUUCCUCCGCCAUCGGAAAGGCUUACUCGACUCUCAAAACCGCCCAAGGAAGUCCAAGAACGUGCACAGAAAUAUCUGGAUCGGAUCAUUCGCGCGGCGGACGUAAAGAAAGUACCACCAAAAGCAAAAGGUCGGAAACGCAAUCGCGACGUUGACAAGCCUCUUUCUGGUCUGGAUAUUGACGAAUUACUUCACCGCGAAAAACGUGCAAAGAUCUCACCCACCAACGCUAUUCCAGAGUUCAAGCAGAUGCUUGCCACCGCCGAGACCGUGGAAACCAUCAAAGAUGCUACGAGUCAAAUGCAGAAGAUCAUCGAGGAUCAUAUCCGCACCAGUUUUGGAGACUCUAAUUAUGACCGUGUUGUAGAAGAGCUCGGUGUUCUCCGUGAGGAAUUAAUUGAUUACGAAGAACCAGGCCUCUACAACGAAUUUGUCCAGCCGCUGAAGGAGAAGAUUUUGACAGAAAAAUUGGGUGGUGAUAGACAAGAGUUGUGGUGGCUGAUUCGGCGCUCAAAAAUUGGGUUGAUUGAUAAGGCGACGUCAGAUCAAUCUGAAGUUAGUGAAGAAGAAGCCAAACAGUUCCUUUCUUCUAAGUUAGUUUGA